GGAUUCAGCUGGAACAUAAACAUGAAUUUGUCUGGGCUACAUCCUUUGAUGCUCUUUUUAAUAGGUGUCAUCUUUGUAAAACAUGCCUCUUUCAUGGAAAUGGUGUACAGCGGGACUACUGUUUCUCUUCUGUGUUCAAACAUCCUAAAAGAGGCCAGUUAUAUAGCCUGGUUCAAGCAGACAGAUAAUUCUCUGCCAGUCUGUGUUGUUACUCAAUAUGUGAGUACAAAACCUGCUGACUCCAUAUAUUUGAAUGGAUUUCAGAAGAAUCAUAUAGAGAUGUCAGUGAAUGCAACAUUUUCUACACUGAGGAUUAUCAGCGUGGAUGUUUCUGACUCUGGAACGUUUUUCUGUGGAAGUUUUAUCACAAACCACAUCAAGUUUUACAAUCAAUCUCAGUUAGUGGUAGUAAAUGUGACAAAUCAGUUCAAAGAAGAAGAUAUUGAAAAUACAGAUCGUGGAACAACUGAACAGACGCCUACAUCCUGCUUUUUCUUUUGCACACUGACACUGAUCUCGAGCGGCUUCAUUUUGCUUUCUACUGUUUUUGCUAUCGCAGUCAUAAUAAGGCUAAAGAAAUCAAGCAAGCAUAAAGGCAUGUGAACGCUCUGGUUACUAAAGUAAACUUCGUUCCCUGAGGGGCACGGGACGGAAAUGCUAAAGUGGAUUUAAUCUACUUAUGGGAAUUUCGUUCAGAAAGCCAAUUGUCUGAAAGAGUUGUAGGUCUGCGCUCUGGUCAGCCCGCGUUUUGGGUAUAGGUGCCUGCUAUGCAUGAUCCCCACUAGGCGAUCCCAUAUGCCUGUUCAGCCAUGGUGCAGUCCCCCCUCACAGGCGGACCCCUGUCUUUCCUCUCCGCUAACCAUCUUAAUAUAUGCGUACUCCCCCCUCU